CAGGGUAAUCACAGAUCACGGCUCCACCAUGAUUCCUCUUCGCGCUUCACCUUCUUGUUACGCUCUUUACUGAUAUUAGCUCUACGUGCAACAGCUACCUUGACCACUUCAAGGCUUGGUGGACGCAAAGAAACGACGUCUCUUUUAUAUGGGCGAUCCUGUUGUAUCGUGGCGUUGACAGUCUACUUUUGUGCCGCCAUGGAGAGGUUGGGGAUGGGGAACGAUGAGCGGGGAUGGAUAUUGGCCAUUAUUAGUGGUAUAGCUUGCGUUGCAGGUGCAUCGGUGAUAUAUAUCGAUAUCCUCAUUCGACAGUUUCCGGGGAAGAAGAACUGGAAGCUGGAAGACAGCAACUUGUUCCUGAGUUCGGGAUUUAGUCUCAGUUUUGGAGUUUUGAUAUUCUCAGCACUGUAUAAGAUCCUCCCUUCAUCGAGAAGAUACCUGGAAGAUGGAGGUUUGCCACCAAGAGUCGCCGUUUUUACGCUAGUUGCUUGUUUUCUGCUCGGAGCCUUCGCCAUUUCCAUCCUUUCGAGGAUUUUGCAUCAUUAUAUCCCGCAUUCCGUCGUUGACUGCGCACACGAUCACGGGGAUGAAGAGACUGGGAAGCUAGGCGACGAAGAACAUGGUGUCUCAGUUGCAACUGAUGCCCACACGCCGCGAGAUGGAAGGCCGGUUGAGCUUGUCGCAAGCCAAACCCGAGUCUACGGCAACCCGAAGGCAGCGCAGUCCGAGUUGUUGAGGAGGCCGUCGCUGCAUGCCUCCAUCUCUACGAAAGUGAGCCACCUAGUAUCAGGGUCCAAGGAAUUCUGCGACGAGAACGGACGAUGCUACGGGUACUCGGACCCCUGCGGGCAGGACUGCUUUAGGAACGUGCAAGCCCGCAUACCACGAAGAAACAGCGUUCCGGGUGACAAACCCCUGACGAGGCCGUCUGGGUUGAAGAAGCUGGUUACAGCCCAUGAAAGGCAACCGCUUCUCGAGAAUAUCGAGGAGGAUCAUGUCCUCUCCCCUUCCAUACCUGCCGUAUCCGGCCAUAGCACCAUGGAGAGCUCGACCGAACUCCCCACCCAAGACAUAAACGGGCACCCGCAGCCAUUCACCUAUGGCACCCUCCAAAAGCACGCGUCAGACCCGUUCGUAACCCGCGCACAAUCCUCCUCCUCCUCGUCCUCCCUCCCCUCCCACCCCGUCCACAGCCACAACAACAACAACACUCCGCACCACCAACACCACCACCAGCACCACCACCACGUCCCAACCAACGCCUUCCUCUCCAUCGGCCUCCAAACCUCGUGCGCCAUCGCCCUCCACAAGAUCCCAGAAGGCUUCAUCACGUACGCAACCAACCACGCCAACCCGACCCUCGGCGCCGCCAUCUUCCUCGCCCUCUUCAUCCACAACAUCACCGAGGGCUUCGCCAUGGCCCUGCCCCUGUACCUCGCCAUCCACUCCCGCUGGCGCGCCAUGUUCUGGUCCGCCCUCCUCGGCGGCGUCAGUCAGCCCCUGGGCGCGGGGGUAGCAGCCUUGUGGUUCCAUUUUGCGCCGUCGUCGCCGUCGGUAGGCGAUCCCAAGGACGGUGGGGACAAGGACUACGAGAGGAUGAGGAGACACGAGGAUCUGGCGUACGGGUGCAUGUUCGCCGCCACGGCGGGCGUCAUGGCCAUGGUCGGCCUGCAGCUGUUCGGCGAGAGCCUCGAGUUGACGCAUUCGCGGCGCGUGUGCUUCCUCAGUGCGUUUGUGGGCAUGGGGAUUUUGGGGUUGAGUAGUGCGUUGACUGCGUGAUUGCUUUGGAUGGAUGACUAUAUACGGAGUGGGGAUGAGCUUUUUUGGUAGUUUGUAUCUGGGAAUUGAGGACGAUUUGUAUUUAGGGAUGGGAAUACGAUUCUGAUUGGGGGGAAGCGGCAUUGCACUUCUCGGUUUGUUUGCGAUCGGGGGGUUGGGUCCGAGGAUGAAUAGCAUGGAUGAUGAUAUCAUGGCAACUGGAGGGUAACGCGAAUCUGUGGGUGUACAUGGAUCUAAACAGUACAUGCAUGCAUAUACAAUGAAUCAACGAGGCAAUUAUUUAUCCAGA